CAUAGUGUGCUACUUAAUUAUCAGUUUCACUUUUAAAAUCAUUUUUGUAGAGAGUUUUUAUUAGACAGGACCUCAGAAAAUAGUCCAUACUGUACAAUGGGACACAACAUUAUAAUUGUGAUGAUAGCGCUUAGCACAUUCGCUUUUGUAACUGGUCAGAAGCCCUGGCAGCCCUCGCAGCCCUCAACUACCACGCAGCCCCCAACUACCACUCAGAAACCGAUGCAAUGCAAGACAUGCGAUCCAUGUGACGACAAUCUUUCACUUCGAUUCUCAGAGCAAGACUGUUCGGGCAGCUGCUAUACUUACAAAGGUGUCAGUGAGCAGGGGAGUAAAGUGUACAGAAAAGGAUGUUUGACGAGUGGUGGUAUAACAAUGAAGUGGGACCAAGAGGGAUGCUACAACAUGGAUGUAGACCGCUACACCGGAGAGAUGUGUGUUUGUAACAGUCAUCACUGCAACACCAGCCCAGCUUUAACCAUACCUCUGUUCACUCUAUUGAGUGCUUCUGCAGCUUUUGUGUGUGUUAGACUUCUGAUAUAAACUUUCUGGUAAAUGUGUACUUUUCAAGACAAUAUACGACGACUAGAGUUUGUCCUGUCAAUUUAUAUUUAGUAAACGAUGUUACAAAUUAUGAUAAUGUUCUGACCCCAAUUUCUCGAAACUUCUUAAGAACCUUAUAACAGAUCCCAAUUUCUCGAAACUUCUUAUGCCCGUUAAAACAAGCCCCAAAUUCUCGAAACUCCUUAAGACCCUUAUAACAGGCCCCAAAUUCUCGAAACUGCUUAAGUCUCUUAUGACAGGCCCCAAAUUCUCGAAACUUCUUAAGUACCUUAUAACAGGCCCCAAAUUCUCGAAACUUCUUAAGUCCCUUAUAACAGGCCCCAAUUUCUUGAAACUCCUUAAGUCCCUUAUAACAGGCCCCAAAUUCUUGAAACUUCUUAAGUACCUUAUUCUGGAAACUUCUUAAGUCCCUUAUAACAGGCCCCAAAUUCUCGAAACUCCUUAAGUCCCUUAUAACAGGCUUCAAAUUCUCGAAACUCCUUAAGUACCUUAUAACAGGCCCCAAAUUCUCGAAACUCCUUAAGUCCCUUAUAACAGGCCCCACAUUCUCGAAACUCCUUAAGUCCCUUAUAACAGGCCCCAAAUUCUUGAAACUUCUUAAGUACCUUAUUCUGGAAACUUCUUAAGUCCCUUAUAACAGGCCCCAAAUUCUCGAAACUUCUUAAGUCCCUUAUAACAGGCCCCAAAUUCUUGAAACUCCUUAAGUCCCUUAUAACAGGCCCCAAAUUCUCGAAACUCCUUAAGUCCCUUAUAAUAAGCCCCAAAUUCUCGAAACUCCUUAAGUCCCUUAUAACAGGCCCCAAAUUCUCGAAACUCCUUAAGUCCCUUAUAACAAGCCCCAAAUUCUCGAAACUCCUUAAGUCCCUUAUAACAGGCCCCAAAUUCUCGAAACUUCUUAAGUACCUUAUAACAGGCCACAAAUUCUCGAAACUUCUUAAAUACCUUAUAACAGGCCACAAUUUCUCGAAACUUCUUAAAUACCUUAUAACAGGCCACAAUUUCUUGAAACGUCUUAAGUAUCUUAUAAAAGGCCCGAAAUUCUCGAAACUUCUUAUGUCCCUUAUAAAGGCCCCAAUUUCUCGAAACUUCUUAUGUACCUUAUAAAAGGCCCCAAUUUCUCGAAACUUCUUCAGUCUCUUAUGGAUGCUCUUUCUGUCCAAUGCAAUGAAACAAACAUUGUAGGUUUUGCUUAAAUAUAUUAUUUUCCAAGAGAGGUUAUUUAUUAGC